AUGGCGCAGCCCGAGGCGCAGAAGUACCGGGGCCUGGAGGCGACGCCGAACAUCUUCGCCGCGACGAAGGAGAAGGACGCGUCCCUCCAGGAGGAGCAGGCCUUCUUCGCGCAGAUGGAGAAGUUCUCGGAGCGGCCCAUGAUCAGCAUCGAGGUCGACCGCGAGUCGAGCAGCUUCGCCGUCGUCGGCGCCCUGCCGGCGCAGCCCAGGUCCGCGCCGGCGGCGGACCGGCGGCGGCCGUCGCCGUCGCCGCCGUCGCGGAGCCUCCUCGUGCCCCCGCGCCGGUCCAGCGGGCGCGAGUCGCCCGUCGGCGUCGGCGAGACCGUCCCGCGCAGCAGCGCGACCUACGACCCGGGGACGGACACGGACGACUCGCCGCGGCUGUGGCGGCCGCCGAAGAAGGGCAAGGGCCUCUUCUCCCGCAAGCCCCGGCCCGACGCCGGCGCCGCCGCCCCGGCGGGCGCGCGGGCCUGGUCGCCGCCGCCGGCGCCGCGGCCCGGGGCCGCGCCAGGGAGGCGGCCGCCCGCGCUCGAGUCCGUCCGGAGCCGGGCCGCGGCGCCGCCGCGGCCCAGGGCGCGGUCCUCGUCGGCGCCGCCGACGCAGGCGUCGCCGGGCGAGGUCGUCUUCCGCGCCGACGCCGCGGGCGCGACGGACCACGGCGAAAUGCUGCCCGCGCUCGCCGACGACGGCGCGGUGUCGACGUGUGGCCACGGCGGCCUCGGGCUGGGCCUCCGGUGCGAGCGCGGCGACGCGCUGUCGCGCAUCGGCGCCACGGCCCACGGCGUCGAGAUCUCCGGCUCGGCGCCGAACCGGCAGGCGUCGGACUUCGACGCGAUCUUCGCCGCCGUCGACGCCGCGGACGCGAUCGAGCCCGCGGGGCGGAGCCACCGCCCGGCGCCGCACCGCGACAGCAGCGACGUCGCCUGCGGCUGCAUGGGCUCCUGGGGCGAAAACAUCGCCUACGACGACGGCUGCGCGGACGUCGGCUGCGCGGGCGACGCGUGGAGCGACGGCGACGAGGCCGCGCUCUCGACGUCGCCGGACACGUACCUCGGCUCCGUCCUCGCCUACCUCAGCAUGACGCCCGCGACCUGCGCCGGCGACCAGAGGUACUACGAGACCGACGACGAGGUCGGCCUCACGGACUGA